CUGUAUUAGCUCAGCGAGCUGAGCUCGUGCGGCGCGUAACCUUGCAGCCUCGUGCACGAGUCUGGGUUGCAACCGGAAGUGAGCUAAUUCCAGACCAGGAGGCCCGAAAGCAUCGGGGUAUUUCUAUGGAAGAGAUGUCAGGAGAAAGUGUGGUGAGCUCGGCUGUGCCGGCAGCUACAACUCGGACCACCUCUUUUAAGGGGUCCAGUCCUAGCUCCAAGUAUGUGAAGCUGAAUGUUGGGGGGGCACUGUACUACACCACCAUGCAGACCCUGACCAAACAGGACACCAUGCUGAAGGCCAUGUUUAGUGGCCGUAUGGAGGUCCUCACAGAUAGUGAAGGUUGGAUUUUGAUUGACAGGUGUGGGAAGCACUUUGGGACAAUCCUGAACUAUUUGAGAGAUGGGGUCGUCCCCUUACCUGAGAGUCGGAGAGAGACGGAGGAGUUGUUGGCGGAGGCAAAAUAUUACCUGGUACAGGGGCUGGUGGAUGAAUGUCAGGCAGCGUUACAGAACAAAGAUGCAUAUGAACCGUUCUGUAAAGUACCACUGGUGACAUCAUCCAAAGAGGAACAGAGACUUAUUGCUACUGCCAACAAGCCUACAGUUAAACUUCUGUACAAUAGGAGCAACAAUAAGUAUUCCUAUACUAGCAACUCUGAUGACAACAUGUUAAAGAACAUUGAGCUAUUUGACAAGCUGUCCCUGAGGUUUAAUGGCCGGGUGCUCUUCAUCAAGGAUGUGAUUGGUGACGAAAUCUGUUGCUGGUCCUUUUAUGGUCAAGGAAGGAAGAUUGCAGAAGUGUGCUGUACAUCAAUAGUCUACGCUACUGAGAAGAAGCAGACCAAGGUUGAGUUCCCAGAGGCUCGCAUUUAUGAAGAGACCCUCAACAUCCUGCUCUACGAGUCUCAAGAUGGCCGCGGACCCGAUAAUGCACUCCUGGAGGCCACUGGGGGCGCUGCAGGUCGAUCUCACCACAUCGAUGAAGACGAAGAGAGGGAGCGCAUCGAAAGGGUGCGAAGGAUUCACAUCAAACGCCCGGAUGACCGCACUCAUCAUCAUCAGUGACCCUGCUGUUUACCCUCUCUUUAGUGCCUUAACGACCACCAGCGCUUCAAUUACGCCCCUUUAUUUGCACAUGGACACGUCUGUUAAAAGAUUAUACUGUGACGAAUCCGCUUCCUUAUAGAAGGUGAUACUCUAAAUAAGUAGUAUUUAAUACCUUGAUAUGUCACAUAGAAGGUUGAAUAUAGCAUAUAGGGCAGCAUGUUCAAGCCGUUAGCAUGGCAAAAUAUGGGCAUUGAUUUUUAAUGUGUACAACUUAUAAAUGGUUUUACUGCAUUGACAUUCCAUUUUGCCCUAUUUGCUAUUUUUAAAGUGAAUUAUAACGAAUUUGACUAUUAUAACUAUCAUUAAAUUAGAGAUUUGCAUUUAAAGAAUAUUAUCAUAAUUGAAGUGUCAGUCAGUUAUUACUUUUAUUGAGUAUUAUAUGUCCAGUGUAAUGGUGUGCGCGUCAUUUUAACGUGUUCUGUUUAAGUAAAUACUGUAGGGUUCCUGGUGCCUUAUAGGUUAAUACUGUGCUCUUCAUGUGUGAGUUUUGUAGCUUUUGAGUUUAUACCCUAUUGAUUUCUGUUUAUAAGUGUUGGAGCCGAAAUUCGCUGUGCUGUUAUGUCUUAAUUCGAUGUUUUGAUUGAGCGUCAGGACUUUUGCGAAUGUUUGUCGGUCUUUUUGUUCAGUGAAGGAGUAAUUUUGCCUUAUGAGAAUUCAAUGCAGGGACUGAGAAAACCAGACCUCCAUAUCACUGCACUCAAUUAUUUCUCAUCCUUUUCUUCUUGCGCAGAAUGAUUAUUUUUUUAGGUAACCUGCAGAGGAGAGUAUGGGUGAUGGUUUUUUAAAGUAUGUCAUAUGGAUUGUGGUCAGUAGAGGGCAGUAUAGUGAUGAUCAAGAUGAUCAAAACCUUCAUCACAAUCUUCAACGCUUUCAGAUCUUUACACACCAGUUUUAAAUCCCAUCAAGUUAAUUAUGCCUUUGGUUGGUAGGCGAUCACAUACAAGACAUUGAGAUGUAGUAAGGAGUGUUCGGAUGUAUGUGUGUAACUAAUUAAUGGACAUCAAAUACAUAUGGGUGUGUAAUUAGAGACUUGACCAUGUCAGAGGAGCUUCAGAAAGAACAGGAGAACAAACUCCUCCCACUGCAUUGCGUAGUGUCACAGAUAGUUGUGCUCUCUAGUUUUAUUAAAGUUGUAUUAAAAAAUGAAGUCUGAAAUACUGUAGAGAAGUUUGUACAGAUGUGCACAUAAAAAUGUUUUACAUAGAAAUUAUUUAUACACAUGUUAUCGCAAAUAAAGAUUUCUACAAUUUUGUAGGCCAAAGUA